ACAGUUAUUCUUUCUUUCCUAUGCACACAUUUUAAUUCUCUCUCACCCAAUCUCACAAACAAACAUCCCUUUUGACUCUCUCUUCCUCCUUAAAACCCUCUAUGUCUUUGUGUCCCUUUGCGUGUCUCUGUGUGAGCGAGACACAGUGAGAAAACAUAACAACAACAACACACCUCACACUCUUUGUUUUCUUUCACGUCAGAAAUAAAACAAAAGGACAAAACCUGUUCUCUGUUUUGCUCUGCAUGAAAACAGAGUCCCCUGUUCGCUGUUUAUUGCAAUGAAGUAUAUUCGGAGCAACAGCUUGAAGAGGCUCUUCUCGUUCGGAAAACGAGGGUUUGGGGAAGAAAGUGAUGUGGAGUUGGUGGUUCCUCCUUGUGAAGAGCACCCUCCAAGACCCUCUUGGAAAUGCUUCUCUUAUGAAGAGUUGUUUCAUGCCACCAAUGGCUUUACUUCAGAGAAUGUGGUUGGGAGAGGAGGGUAUGCAGAGGUUUACAAGGGAACGUUGGAUGGUGGUGAGGAAAUUGCGGUGAAGAGGCUUACGAGAAUUUCAAGGGAUGAGAGGAAGGAGAAAGAGUUUCUGAUAGAGAUUGGAACAAUUGGCCACGUGCGCCAUUCCAACGUGUUGCCUCUUCUGGGGUGUUGUAUUGACAAUGGACUUUACCUCGUUUUCGAGCUAUCCACCGUUGGUUCUGUUGCUUCUCUUAUUCAUGAUGAGAAGUUGCCUCCCUUGGAUUGGAAAACAAGGUAUAAGAUAGCUCUUGGGACUGCACGUGGCCUUCACUACUUGCACAAAGGCUGCAAGAGGAGGAUAAUUCAUAGGGACAUCAAGUCCUCAAACAUUUUGUUGACAGAAGAUUUUGAACCCAAGAUAUCUGAUUUUGGACUAGCAAGGUGGCUUCCAUCUCAAUGGACUCAUCAUUCAAUAGCCCCAAUAGAAGGGACAUUUGGGCAUUUGGCACCUGAGUACUACAUGCAUGGAGUUGUGGAUGAGAAGACAGAUGUAUUUGCCUUUGGUGUGUUUUUGCUUGAAGUCAUCUCUGGGAGGAAGCCAGUGGAUGGAUCUCACCAAAGCUUGCACAGCUGGGCUAAACCAAUACUACACAAAGGGGAGAUAGAAAAAGUGGUAGAUCCAAGGCUUGGAGGGGCUUAUGAUGUGACACAGUUUAAUAGACUUGCCUUUGCUGCCUCCUUGUGUAUAAGGGCAUCUUCAACUUGGCGACCUACCAUGAGUGAGGUACUUGAGGCAAUGGAGGGGCAAGACAUGAACAAAGAGAAGUGGGAAAUGCCAGAGGAAGAAGAGCAAGAGGAGGAAUUCUGUGGCUUUGAGGAUCUGGAAUAUGCAUAUGACAGUUCCUUUUCAAUGUCUUUACCUGACUCUGUUAGUAGCACUUAGGGUAAAGGAGUUAGGUACAACUUUCAACUACUUGUACAUAUAAUAUAUAUUGUUACAUAAAUAUGAAGGUGCAGUGCAGAUAAGCCCCUUGUGGCUGUUCUAUAAUUCUAUUCAUGUUUAAUUAUUUUGUAUUUUUGUGGAUGAAAAAUGUUUAUCAAAAUUGAACUGAGUUACUUCAGCAACUCA